AAGAUUAGUAUUUCACACAUAUUUAAUCGAAAACGUUAUGCGCGGCGGUUAAAAAAAUUCCCUAAUUAUAUCAGGAUCUAUGUACUGUACUACUGCAGUAGUAUUACUACUUCCUCUACUACGCAGUAUUUCCAUGUACUGCACUGCCUUUGUCUUCAGUGACUGUGUUUACAGUUUGUCGUUGAGCUCAACCUGAGAGAUCGUCGCUGAAUUGUUCACCACCAUGCCACCCAAGAGAGACGCAGGUGCGACUCCAGCACAGCCGCCCGUGAAGAUGAUAAAGAUCGAUAACGUUACAGAUGCACAAGAGUUUGGCUGUCAUUCAGGCGAGGAUAAGUUCAGGCUCCAUGAAGAGGCCAGCUACUCACCUUAUCCCAACAAUGACCUUGACACUAUUGAAUUUGAUGAAGAAAAUGUUGCAAGCCCGGGAAUCAGAACAGACACCAUCAGCCUUCUCAUGAAAAUAGAGCAGCUACAGGCACAACUGAAAUAUGAACGCAGAUGCAGAAUUUUGGCAGAGAGAGAGCUGAGGGAACUCAAAGAGAUGAACACUCUCAUGAUGCAGAUGAGGCACACGGCACAUGAACUGCGGGUCACCCUGGAUCAUGUUCUCCACGGAGGCGAAGCAGCAGUUGCGCCACAAAACUCUGAUGAAACUAUCUCUUUCCUGACUGAGCCUGAGGCAGAAAUGAGAGCACUUCAUAAUAUACCAGAGGAUGACCACAAUUUCCUCUAUCUCUCAGAGAAUCUUCGAGUGCCAAAAAAUCUUUAUGAGCGCAUUGCAGAAAUUGCAGACUACAAGAAGUACACUUCAGCCCUGCUCAUGAUACUUUUUGAUAGAGAAACGCUGGCAACCCACUCUCUGCAGGGCCGUAGGAAUACCUUUACAGGAGAGGAUUGCCACAAGCCACAGCUCCCACCUGAGAUUUUGAAAAGUUUAAUCGAUCAUGUGGCAGCCAAGUUCAGUGUUGACAGCAGCCAAAUAAAAACCGCAAUCCGCACAAAGUUGAACAAUGAGGAUAAAUUAUUGAAGAAGAGACUGGGGUUGGGUAAAACAGAAAACAGAGCUAAUGCUGAGCCAAGCUUUUGCCAAGAUGCCUCGCUUCUGCCCGACGACGGAGCAAUGACAAGUGACUCUCAGUUAUAGUCGUUCACCUCUGUCUUCGUCCGUUGGUCACACGUAUUUCAUGUCCGAUAGAAAUAGGUCACAGAUUGCCUUUUUUGUCCACUAUAGUUCAUUCAGCAUUAAAAUCUAGUUCUUUAUUUUUUAAGAAUGAUAAGUAUAUAUAUUUUUACGUUGACAGCAGUUAAUGUCUGUUAGAUUGUUUUCAGAGUGUCACCUGGUGGCCACACCCAGGCGUUUGAUAGCACUAUAAACUGCCGCAUAUGUAAUCAUUAAUACUGUAAACAAGUGUUCUUAGGUUUUCUUACUGUAUUUAAGAGAGUGGUUAUAGGUUAAUAACCUUUUAAGCUAGAAUCAGUCAGUCAGCUGACCUUUACAUGUGUAAGUAGGACAGGGAUCUCAUUUUUGCCCUGUUGUUCAUUCCAACUUGUGCAUUGCAGGUAAUAAUGUGUUUCAAGGUAUACUGUAUGUGAUAACUGUUUCAAAGUGUUUGUCAUGUGUUUUCUGUGCUUCACUCUAACAAACAAUAAAGUUUUGCAGCUGAUA